UUUUUUACGACUUCAGCACUUCUGGCAACUAAAGUGAAAGUAGGGCGUAAACAGAAAGUAGGACGAAUGAGAGUUAAUUUACUAAACCGUUUUGUCUUGUCUAAAACAAGUAUACAGAAAGCUUUAAGGAGAAAUGUAAUGACCACUAGCCAGAUACCACUUGGUGUAUCAGAUACAAUCCUAGAUAACUGUGAUGUCACACAAGUCCAGUUAAUGAAAGAAGAAUGCAUCCUGAUAGAUGAAAAUGACAAACAGAUAGGUUCUGCAUCAAAGAAACAUUGCCAUCUACUAGAAAAUAUCAACAAAGGUUUGCUCCACAGAGCCUUUAGUGUGUUUUUGUUUAAUCAAGAGGGACAACUUCUGUUACAACAAAGAUCUGAUGCCAAAAUUACUUUUCCUGAUAAUUUUACAAACACUUGCUGCAGCCAUCCACUGUAUACAGAUCCAGAACUAGAGGAAGCAAAUGCCAUAGGUGUGAGGAGAGCAGCUCAGAGGAAAUUAAAACAUGAAUUAGGAAUAUCACCAGAACAGGUUUCUGUAGAUGACUUUAAAUAUCUGACCAGGAUACAGUACAAGGCUGGUAACCAACCAGAAGAUGGCAUAUGGGGAGAAAGUGAAAUAGACUAUAUAUUAUUUAUCCAAAAAGAUGUAGAUGUAAAGAUAAAUCCUAAUGAAGUAAAAAGUUACAAAUAUCUAAGUCAGGAUCAGCUCAGAGAUUUUUUAGCAACAUCAGACAGUGAAGGACAUUUGAUAACACCCUGGUUCAGACUUAUCACAGAUAGAUUCCUAUAUAAAUGGUGGAGUAAACUGGAUAAUUUAGAAUCAGAGAUGGACCAUAAAACUAUUUAUAAAUUGUCAUAGAUUGUGUUGUUCAAUCAAAAGAAAAUGUGUAAUUUCAUUUUUUUAAAUUACAGUGCUGAAAUAUAUUUCAUAAACAUG